AUGACUGUCGCAUAUUCAACAGUGCUAGCAGAGCAUCGCCCUGAGAAGCUUCCGUCGUUCAGAGAGCUUCUACCUGAUCAUCUCCAUGAUGAAAUAGAGGGCGGUGUGUUCUAUGCGCAGUCCAACCAGCACUGGAGAGGCGGUUCGCUGCAUGAUGCUAUGCCACCGCCGACUCAGCAGGCCGAGAGGCUUCCCUCCAGACUCUUUGCGAGAGAUAGUCGGUUUGAUGAUGUCUCUCUGCGUCCAGAUAGGUUCUCGGGCAACAGUGCCAAAUCUCUCGAAAACCAGCAAUCUCAUAUAUCGGAAUCCAAAUCUACCACGCCUGCUUCCCACUCCCGCCCUAAACUGACUCUCACCGAGAUCAACCGGUCGCUACCUCCUCCUAUCCCAUCUCCAUCAAGGGAGUAUUUCGUCAAGGUUUCGCCAAACGCCAACAGCACCACCAUCUAUGCCCCCCUGAACAGCAGGGGAAGAGCUGACGGAGAACUAUCAAAUUAUUCGAUAUCCUCUCCCCGGAGCCAGUUUUCCUUUGAUUCUUCCAGUCUUUCACAUUCGUCUUCUCCAGUCAACAUGAUGCCUCCCUGCGACUGCCGGGAUCCGCUAUCGUAUUCCCCAUAUGAGCAUGCCCAUGCCUGCGACAGAGGCUAUCCGCAAUCGUCAUUCGGCCAUUACAGGCCAGCUUCAGCAUUUUGUCUCUCAGAAUGUGACCUCGGUGACAUGAGAGAAAAAAAAAGAAGGGGGAACUUGCCGAAGCCGGUAACAGACAUGCUUCGUGCAUGGCUAUGGGAACAUCUGGAUCACCCAUACCCCACCGAGGAAGACAAGCAGAUAUUUAUGAGCCGGACAGGAUUGACUAUCAACCAGAUCAGUAACUGGUUCAUUAAUGCACGAAGGCGGCAGGUAGCUUCGUUGCGCAGUCAAGUCAAGGCACGCAACAACUCAGAGUCUGAUAGCAACAGCAGUCGACGCAAUAGCAGUCCCCGCCAGAGCGAUGACGAGUCAGAUUAUCUGCCGACCCCAUCUGAGAAGCACUCAAGCCUUCCUUAA